UGCCAUCGAACUCCAUUUUUAAGUUACCAUGCAACUGUUUCCAUUAAACCUUUUGGGAACACAUUCAGGUCAUAGUUUGUUUAAGAAAAUGUUAUCUUCUCUCUGAUUUUUAUUCAAACAAUGCACCGACAUCAAUUAAUGUUCGUAUGAAAAUAUGUGUACUUGUUACAAGAACAAUGAAAGAUCACAUUCUCCAAUCAGCUGGAAAACGCACAGAAGUUAAUGUAUGUUGGUGUGUGUCUCGAUGGUAUCAGCUGCAAAUCCCUAACUUGUGCGUGUCUGUCAAACAUCGCCCGCUACCCAGCAGCAGAGUCCAUCUUCAAAGAGGCACCCAAACUGUGUUUUUUUGAAGACAGACUGCAAAACCUUUUCCGGGUUCUGGUCCCCGAACCCGUAUUUUAUAUUUUUUUUGUGUGUAUGUGGACAUGUUUCAUUUUGAUGGCAGAGGCAGCGAGUGAUUCGGAACCGAAUCGGCCUUUAAUUUGUAAUCACUGUCAGCAGAUGGAGCAGGCCAUUGCGAACCGGCGGCUCGAUUUCUCAGUGGCAGCGGUGCUGCCUGCAGGUGGUUCCGGGGAGAGAAUGGGAACAGCGACUCCGAAGCAAUUCUGCCAAGUCCUGCAGAGGCCGCUCAUUAGUAUCACAUUGGAAACAUUCGAGAGAGUUCAUUGGAUAAAUGACAUUGUCGUGGUGGUGUCAAAACAGAACUUUGAAUUGAUGAAUUUGAUUAUAAAGCGUUAUGGACACUCGAGAACAACAGUUGUUGAGGGUGCACUCACUCGUCACCAGUCGAUUUUCAAUGGGCUAAAAGCAUUUGUGGAAAAUCAACCUUGUAGAGCUUGGCUGCAGAAACCUGAAGUGGUGAUCAUCCAUGAUGCGGUGAGACCUUUCAUAGAGGAAGAUAUAUUAUUCCACGUGGCCACAGCUGCGAAGGAAUGUGGGGCCGCAGGAGCUAUCAGACCACUUGUUUCCACAGUCGUUGCAACCAACCCAGAAAGCUAUCUUGAUCAUUCAUUAGAACGUGCCAAAUACAGGGCAAGUGAAAUGCCUCAAGCCUUCACAUUUGAUGUCAUUUACAGAGCUUAUCAACAGUGCACAGAUUAUGAUUUUGAGUAUGGGACGGAAUGUCUCCACUUAGCUUUGAAAUACUGUGGCAUUUCCGCCAGGCUCAUUGAUGGCCCACCCGAUCUAUGGAAGGUAACUUAUAAGCGAGACCUCUAUGCAGCGGAAUCGAUUAUCAAGGAAAGUCUUUCUAAGAGAGUCUGUAUCUUCACUGGAAUACAAGAAGAACCAGUGCAAUUGAGCCACUUGCUGCAAGAGGCCUUACAAAAGUUGAUGGAGGUUGAUGUUUUGAACUGGUCAGAGAAUAAAGAGAGUCGCUGUAUUCAGACCAUUUCCUCAGGCCAGUACUAUAAUUUUGUUUGCAUAAAUGUCAACAAUUUUGAAUUAUCUCAGGAAAUUGUGAAACUGCUGGAGUUGAUUGAAAAUAGAAAACUUUCAGCCCUGUAUCCUGUAGUUCUGACUGUGGUUCACCCAAACAAUUUGGAAACUUCAUCUCCCUGUGUUCAAAUGGAAGAUUUUAUCAGCAUCAAAGAACAGGCAAAGGAUGCAAAUAGAAAAAAUAUCUUAAUUUUUAGACUGCUGUUGAAUUAUACCCAGGAAUUGGAUAAAGUUGAAGAAUCUGUGAAAGAAGCUGCCUCAAUCAUCGACUCAUUAAUAAAGCAGCGGAGCCCUGCCCUAAUUGGGCAAAUCCUUGUGGUCUGAUUGUAGCCAGGAACUUCUCUGGGCACAGGUGUUGUGAUGUCUGAAUACUGUGAAAGAAUAUACUGCCCUCUAAUGAUAGCUGUGAAAAACUGCAAGUAUCUUCUCAUCAGUUUUUAAAUCAGGAACAUAAACAGGACAUGAAAUCUAGUUGAACAUGUCAAUAUUUCUAUCAAAAAUUAUGCCCCAGACUUGCUAAGGUCAAAAUUAGGAGAAAAUUACUGCAUUUCCUGGAAUCUGCACUGAAAACAAAAAAUACUGGAGAUCACAGUGGGUCAGGCAGCAUUGAUGGAGAGACAGCAAGCUAACGUUUCAAGUCUGGAUGACUCUUCAUCAGACUGGGAUGUUGAAGCAGCUCUGAUGAAGAGUCAUCUAGACUUGAAACAUUAGCUUUCUGUCUCUCUGUGGAUGCUGCUUGGCCUGCUGUGCUCUCCAGCAUUUUUCAUUUUCAGUGCUAGAUCUACUUUAACUGGUAUUGUUCAUCUUGCUCUUUCAGAAAGUCUCAUCACUGGUGGAGAGAAUCAGCUGCAAUUCUACUGUCCCUACUCCAAUACGAAGUUAUCCAACUUCAUUACAACAGAAAUUCUGUUCCCUAUCAUCAGGGAAAUGCCUUUUACCCACCAGCUAUUUAAAAUGGCUUGGAGUAUGGCUGAACUGUACCUUUAUAUUAAUGCAAAGCAAAAACCUGAAGAGAGUCUCGUUUAGGAGACCUGUCAUUUUGAUUUGAAAUAUUGAAUUUUGUUUGUAAAUCAUAGUCUGGUAAUCAUUCCUUCACAUGAUUAUGGUGAGGUAUUUUCAAGAUAAUUACCAGGAGCACUAAGUUUUUCUUUCCUUUUAAAAUUGCUGUUUUCAUUGGAAAAAUAAAACAAUUAGAAAAUAAAAUUGUUAUACAUUAAAA